AUGACAUCACUGCAGGCGCUAGAGCAGCCAGUAGAUGAAUGGGACACGAUGAUAAUUCAUCUGGCAAAGAAGAAAUUGGAUUUUCCUGAACAGCGUGACUGGCAGAAUGUGACUAAGAACAGAACGCCAAGAAACAUGCCGAAGAUAGAAGAGUUUCUGAAAUUCUUGACGGAGCGAUGUCACACGUUGAGAGUUUUGAAUCAGAAUAAGGGAAAGCAAACGUCCAGUGAGAAGCCAGCGACACAAAAGAAGAGCGAGAAGAAAGUCUCACUCACGACGACAACAGCAAGAUGCAAGAUCUGCAAAGGAGGACAUCCGAUAUACAAAUGCGAAGAAUUGUUAAAGCAAUCAACUCCUGACAAAAUGAAGACAAUACGAGACAAACGACUCUGCAUAAAUUGCCUAAAUCCCGGGCAUUACGCAAAGGACUGCCGAUCAGCGACGUGCAAGAAGUGCGACAAUUGCCACAACACGCUGCUUCAUAGAGAAUCUGAGCCGCAAACAAGUGAGAGCAGUGAAAAGGAGACGCCGGUCGUAACGUGCCUUACCCAAGGAACGAGCAUGCAAAGCGAAUUGGAAACGCAGACUUUAGUGAGCGAAAAGUCAGAGGAACCGUCCUUAAGUGUUUACUACACGCAAAGGACAGAAACUCUAGUGAUCUUGUCGACAAUUAGAGUACAUGCAUACGAUUCGAAGGGCAACGUGCAAGUCUGUCGUGCGUUACUAGAUCCCGGAUCGCAGACAAAUAUAGUGACAACAAGUUUGACGAAUAGACUCAAUUUGGCUUGCAGCAAAGAAGAACGGCCCAUCACAG